AUGAGCGUACAAGCCAUCGAGAAGGCUUUGCUCACCGGAAAAUGGGAACAGAUCCCACAGACUUCAUCCUUGUUCGACGCCGCCGAACUGGCGAAGCAAGUCGUCGAGGGCAACUACCGCGCACCCCUCACGUCAUCUCGUGCCCGGGAUCUGUUCUCCCUCAGCAGUGAGGGUGACGAUCUCGAAAACAAACCCAUAGAUGAGUGGUUCAAUUCCUCGUUUAUCAAGGGCAGCGUUUCCGCAGAACAGGAAGUCGUUCAACUGGCUAUAGCAGUUGCAUGCUUGCAUUCGUUCGUGCAGGCGAACUGGACGGGCCCAGAUUUAGACUUCCAAGUCUCGGACGUAUUCCCGUUGCCCAAAAAUAUGACAUCCUCCGGGUCAGACUCUCCAUUGCAGAGGAAGGCAGUCGCAGAGCUCUCCUACGGCGGGGAACCCGCGUACCAUCUGGCCAGACAACCUUUGUUCCUCAAAGUCGCGCAGCUGCUCCUGGAACUCCCGUAUGAUCACUGCCCAUCCGCCGCGUGGUGGCGAUUGCGGGCCUGGCUCGUACACCAACAGGUUCUUGACGAGCCCACUACAAUUCCUGCCGACGUCGUAUCGUCUGUGGAACCCCUCCUGCAAUCCUUCGCCUCGCAACCCGACCUCGCCGGGCGCCUUAUCCUCGAACAAGGUUUGUUGGAGCACCAUCUUGGGCAUGACAAAUCGGCUGCGGACUAUUUUGUCCGCGCAGCCCGGGCGACACAGCUAGAGUACGAACUUACCGGCGCCCUCGGGAAGCGAACUAAAUUCCAACAAACCGACGUCACGCAGCUCGUUUUGUUGGCCGAGUCGCGCAAACGAGAAGGCGACUCUCUCGGCUCAGAGAACGAUCAGACAACGGCCGCACAAAGCACCGGUACCAUCGAGCAUCCCGAUGCCGUCGCUUCCCUGACUACCGCCAUACCUGAAACAUUGGCCCUUAAUGAUGACACGUUAUUGGAGCGGACCGAAUUCACAUCAUCGUCCGCUUCAGAAUCCAGCUCACGCCUCGCGCACUUGGAUCCUUCGUCUCAACCAGCACUCUAUCCCCUCGACCAAUGUAUUCUUCUCGCCCUAUGCCUCAAUGUCAGGAACACCUCGCCUUCACAUGGUCUCACCGCGGAGCAGAUGAAACCGUACGUCGACCGCGUGAUUUCUCAUCCGAGGAAUUGGUCGGUACAUACGAUGGCACUUCUUCUACGCUCCCGCCUGGAAGCCAACCGCACGCGCACCGUCGAACGAUCUACGCUCCAGCUACAGGCGCUAGUUGACCAAAUGCCUACCGCGGACUCGACCAUCUCCGAGCGGUUGCUCUACUUCCAUUCCAUUCCUCUCCCGAGCAAGUGGGAGACGGAGAAGGAGCUCGCGCUGCGCUACCUAUCCCUGGGCGUCGUGAAAUCUGCGCUGGAAAUCUUCGAGCGCCUCGAAAUGUGGGAGGAAGUCGUAAAAUGCUGGCAGAGCAUGGAGCGGCGCGACCGUGGCAUUGCCAUUGUCCGCGAUCUUCUGGAAGGUAGAAAGGCCGAAGCGGAUGCGGUCAUUGCACGCGAGAAGGUGUCUACCCAGGGACGCAGGCAGACACUGGACGCCAUGCGCGAGGCCAAGCUCUGGUGUCUGCUAGGCGACCUAGAGCCCGAAAACGCGCUUGAUCACUACACCAAGGCAUUGAGUAUCUCGAAGGAAACCUCGGGCAGGGCCAUGCGCUCACUGGGCGGGUACUAUUUCGCUCGCGCUGACUACCCAAAUUCAAUUGCCUGUUUGCGUAAGGCGGUAGCAAUAAAUCCGCUCCUUGGCCGAUCUUGGUUCAUUCUUGGCUGCGCGUACGUGCGCAUCGAGGAUUGGGAGGGCGCACGGGAAUCCUUCACUCGUUGUGUUACACUCGACGAUGAGGAUGGCGAGAGUUGGAAUAACCUUGCAAGCGUUUAUCUCCGGAUGGGCGAGGCAGGCAAAACGAUCGGAAAUGAGGACACAGAGGAUAGCGAGGACAUAAAAGCGGGGGAGCUAGUGUAUAGCGACGAGACGAGCAAGAACAUACCGUUCAGCAACAAAAUGCUGGCCUUCCGCGCGCUGAAGCAGGGUUUGAGAUUCGCGUACGACAAUUGGCGGAUGUGGUCCAACUACAUGAUCGUGGCGAUGGACGUCGGCGAGCUGUCGGAAGCAUGCCGCGCCCUCAGUCGCAUUGUGGAGGAGCGCAGCACCAAGGACGGCGCGCACUCCGUCGAUGAGGACGUGCUCGAUCGGCUCGUCAAUGCCGUUACGAGGGCACCAGCAAACCCGGACGACGCCGUGGAGGGCGGCGGCUCCGGUGGCCAGGCGGUGCAGAAUUUCAACGAGGGACACGGGCUUCUGAGGCGUGUCAACGAACUUUUCGAAAGGACGAUCCUCCCGCGUGUCUCCUCGCCGCGGAUUUUCCGUGCGCGCGCACGUCUGCUGACUUGGCAGGGCCGGUGGGAAGAGACACUGAAUGCGUACCUCGAGGCGUAUCGAUGCAGCAAUGCGGGGACGAUGGAGAAGGGUGAGACGGAUGUGCAGAGGUGGCGAGAGGCGGUCGGGGAGGUUGAGGAGAUGGUGGACGUCCUACGAAACUUCGGUCCCCGGGCGGAGGACUUCAAGUGGAAGCUGCAGGCCAGGAGUAUCUUGCGGACGUUCAUGGGGCGGACGAAGGACUUCGAGGAUGAGCCAGAAUGGUCUCGGCUCGCCGAUCUACUGGAAGAUACACGAAAGGAGGAGUAG